AGGACUGCAUGUUUUUUACUAUGGACAUUGUCAUUAUAUGAAAUUUUCCUUUCCUCUUGUUUAUCCACAAGAAAACAGAUUUAAUUUUAUCAGAAGCAAAGGUCCACCACAUCUCCCAAGAUGGAUAAGUUUCGUAUGAUGUUCCAGUUCCUUCAGUCCAACCAGGAAUCUUUUAUGAAUGGGAUCUGCGGUAUCAUGGCACUAGCUAGUGCACAGAUGUACUCUGCUUUUGAAUUCAGCUGCCCCUGCAUGCCAGAGUACAACUACACCUAUGGGAUCGGACUGCUUUUCAUCCCACCUAUAUGGUUCUUUAUGUUAGGUUUUGUUCUGAACAAUAAUGUGUCAGUGCUGGCCGAGGAGUGGAAAAGACCCACAGGCAGACGCAGGAAGGAUCCUACAAUCCUCCGCUACAUGUUUUGUUCAAUCACACAGAGAUCCUUGAUAGCACCUGCAGUUUGGGUGUCUGUCACUCUCAUGGAUGGGAAAAGUUUCCUGUGUGCUUUCAGCAUCAACUUGGAUAUUGACAGGUUUGGGAAUUACAGUCUUGUCAAGGGGAUGUCAGAGACGGAGAAGAUAAAACUGCUGGCAAGGAUUCCAUGCAAAGAUCUGUUUGAGCAUCAGGAAAUAAGAGUGGCAGCAUCACGAUACAUCAAGUGUAUAUCACAGGCAUGUGGAUGGAUGUUUUUGCUGAUGAUGACCUUCACAGCCUUCCUGAUCCGGGCUAUUCGACCAUGCUUUACCCAGGCCGCUUUCCUCAAGACCAAGUACUGGUCUCAUUACAUUGACAUUGAGCGCAAGAUGUUCGACGAGACCUGUAAGGAGCACGCCAAGAGCUUUGCCAAGGUUUGCAUCCACCAGUACUUUGAGAACAUCAGUGGGGAGAUGCGCAGCUUCCACCGCCAUCGCUCCUGCAACGACGACAGUGACGAUGAUGACGAAGACAACAAGAAAAGUGAUGAAGACAAGCUUCUGGGUAUCAGAGCCCAGGAUGAUAUGAAUAAAGUUUUGUGGAACUGGCACACCUGUAAGCCAGCACUGGCUCUGAGAAAGGACCAAAUAGAUGGUGAAAACAAUGGCAGACUGAAUGGAGAAGCCAAUGGAGCACUUAAUGGGUUUGUAAAGGGACACACCCAUGAUGUGGGAAAAAAGGAAUGGGCAGUGUAUUACAGUAAGGUCUGA